AAUAUAGCUCCUCUGUCCGAACCUGUUCUACUUCUCCAUCAAGCUACCUACCUUGGGGCUUUCUUAGCCUCAGAAUACUGGCGUUACUCGCGGUUGCUUGUAGCUCGUCUGGAUGCUUCACAAAACCUCUUCGUCUUCCCCGACACAGGCCAGGACAAACGCCAUUCGCCCUAGGAUCUCCCCAGAAUUAGAAGAUCUCAGUCUCGCUCGCAAAAGCAUUCCGGGACUCACGACUAUCGCACUGGUGUACUGUCUUUUGAGCGUUUGGGUGCUUUCAGGCUACCUAUGCUGUGAUCUCUGGGCGGUCACGCCUUCUAGCACCUCCCCGCUAGAUACCUCCGUUCUGGAAGGCCUUCCACUGGACCAGCUUAUGGCAAAGGUCUCUUCUCUGCACCCACUGCCCCCAGUGAGCGCGAAUGUCCUUUCGGUAGCCUCGAACAAGCCUACGCUGUCUGCCGCUUUGUGGACCGCCGAAGAGGAAGUAGAGCAUAUCGAGAGCUGGGCCGCUGAUUGGAGAGGCCCCAUAAGCCUCCUUGUCACAACGACGGCGGCCCCAUCCUCAAAGCAACAUACGGCACUGGUGACGAAGCUGGCUGCCAUCCAACGCAAGCACCCUCCCCUCAAACAGACGUUCUUCGUCCACCUUCUUCACAUAGACCCGGCGACGGAGACCCAUCCAAACGCCUUCCUCAACAUCGCGCGCCUCCUCGCCCCCAGUCCGCGCGUGGUUCUCUUCCCCGGCAACCUCUCCGCCGUGCCGCCCAAGACGCUCCACAGCCUUCUCCUCCACCAGCAACCCACCUCCUCUUCCGCGAUGACCUCCCGGGGGCGCCCGCGCGGGCGCAAACCAGCUGUGCUCACUGACGACGAGCGGACGUCCUUCCCGUUCGCGGCGCUCGCGCCCGUCGUGCUCGCGCGCGACGACGCGACGUGGUGCUCGGAGCGCUUCUUCGCGGACAUGACGCGCGCGGGGGACUGGGAGGAAUGUCUCUGGCAGGUCUGGCUCGCGAGCUUCGGCGAUCUUGAGGUACGACCGGUGCCAGGUCUUGCGGGGGUUGGCGUCGAUACGACGGACAACGCAGCGACCGUGAGUGUUAAAUUUCUAUCACUGAGGCUGCAGCUGAAGUUUCGUUGA